UCACAGCGUGACGCAACGACGCACGAGCGUGCUCCCGUCAGCUGAUCAGUGAGCCGCUGCGGAAUUAACGCGCGUUGCUGCGAUAUUUUCAUAAAAUCAACGACAGAAAGAAUAUGAGACGAUAAAGAGCGGCUCCGUAUCGCAGAGAACAUGUCAGGAAACAGUCUGGUAUUACCCAUAGUUCUGUGGGGCCGCAACGCGCCCACUCACUGCAUCUCCAGCCUUCUGGUGAUGGACGAUCUGUCCACCAUCAUCACCGGCUGCCAUGAUGGACAGAUCUGCAUCUGGGACAUGACCCCAGAGCUGGAGAUCAAUCCUCGUGCUCUGCUGUUCGGACACACGGCUUCUGUCACCUGUCUUUCCAAGGCCAGCGCAGGAAGUGACAAACAAUACCUCGUCAGCGCCUCCGAAAGCGGGGAAAUGUGUUUAUGGGAUGUCAAUGAUGGACGCUGUAUUGAGUUCACUAAACUAGCCUGUGCACACACUGGUAUACAGUUUUAUCAGUUCACCAUCGGCACACAGAGGGAGGGGCGACUUCUGUGCCAUGGACAUUACCCAGAAAUCCUUGUAGUGGACGCCACUAGUCUAGAGGUGCUUUACUCACUCGUGUCCAAGAUUUCGCCUGACUGGAUCAGUUCCAUGAGCAUCAUUCGCUCACACCGCACACAAGAGGACACAGUGGUGGCUGUGUCUGUCACUGGGAUUCUCAAGGUGUGGAUCAUCACCGCUGAUGUCAGCAGGAUGCAGCAGGAUCUGGACCCUGUGUUUGAAGAAGAAUCAAAGCCCAUCUACUGUCAGGGCUGCCAGAGCAUCUCAUUCUGCACGUUCACACAGCUCUCGCUGCUGGUGGUGUGUUCGAAGUACUGGAGGGUGUUUGAUGCGGGUGAUUUCUCCCUGCUGUGUUCGGUCCCGAGCGAGAACAAUCAGUCCUGGGUCGGAGGAGAAUUCAUCGCUGCUGAUAAAGUCAUAAUCUGGACUGAAGAUGGCUGCAGCUACAUUUACAAACUGCCCGCCAGCUGUCUUCCAGCUAGCGAACACUUCCGCAGCAAUGUGGGGAAGAAGGCGGAAGGUUCGAUCCCUCCUUUGGUGUACAGCAUAGCGGACCGCGCCGACAAACAGCUCCUGAUUUGUCCGCCCGUGACGCGCUUCUUCUUCGGACGGAGGGAGCCGUUCCACAAACUCCUGAUCCAGGGCGACUCUGCGGGCCGACUGACGGUGUGGAGCAUCCCAGAGACGUCGCCCCUACAGCCGCUGUCCUCCGCCGCAGAGCUGCAGGUGUCAGUCAGCAUCAGUCUCCAGGAGGCCUUUGAUAAGUUAAUGCCGUCUCCGGCCGGCAUCAUCGACCAGCUGAGCGUCCUGCCCGGCUCUAACGACCCCAUUAAGGUGACGGCGAGCGUUUACAUCCCGUCUCAGGGUCGACUCGUGUGUGGACGAGAGGACGGCAGCAUCGUACUCGUUCCUGCUACGCAGACGGCCAUCGUUCAGCUCCUGCAGGGAGAACACAUGCUGCGCAGAGGUUGGCCUCCUCAUCGCACUCUCAGAGGUCACAGACAUAAGGUGACGUGUCUGCUGUACCCGCACCAAGUUUCCCCGCGCUACGAUCAGCGCUCGCUGGUGUCCGGAGGUGUCGACUUCUCCGUCAUCAUCUGGGACAUUUUCACCGGUGAGAUGAAGCACAUCUUCUGCGUUCACGGAGGAGAAAUCACACAGCUGAUCGUACCUCCAGAAAACUGCAGCACACGUGUGCAACACUGCGUGUGUUCGGUGGCGAGCGAUCACUCCGUCGGCCUGCUCAGUCUGAGGGAGAGGAAGUGCAUCAUGUUGGCGUCCAGACAUCUCUUCCCCAUCCAGGUCAUCAAGUGGAGGCCGUGUGACGAUUAUCUGGUGGUGGGCUGCUCCGAUGGAUCCGUCUAUGUCUGGCAGAUGGACACAGGAGCACUGGACCGCUGUGUGAUGGGUAUAACGGCGGUGGAGAUUCUGAACGCGUGCGACGAGGUCGUUCCUGCGGCUAUGGACUCCCUCAAUCACCCCGCGGUGAACCUGAAGCAGGCCAUGACCCGCCGCAGUCUGGCCGCGCUCAAGAACAUGGCCCAACACAAGCUCCAGACCCUCGCCACCAACCUGCUCGCGGCCGACAACGCCGACAAGGGAAACCUUCCCAAAUACUCCCAUAACUCUCUGGUGGUGCAGGCCAUGAAGACGAACUUGACGGAUCCGGACAUGCACGUGCUGUUCUUCGACGUGGAGGCCGUGAUCAUCCAGUUACUGACGGAGGAGGCGCAGCGGCCCAAUCCCACGCUCGUCUCUCCAGAAACGCUGCAGAAAGCGCCGGGCGGGGCCGAUAAGGGAGGCUCCUUCCUGGCCAAUAAGAUCUUCAAACAGGUGAAGGAGACCAUUAAAGAAAACAUCAAGGAGCACCUGCUGGACGAAGAUGAGGAUGAAGAGGAGGAGCAGCGACGGCGCGAGGAGAAGUCCAAGUCUCUGAGUCUGCUGGAGUACAACCUGACCAUGGACACGGCCAAACUCUUCAUGUCCUGCCUGCACGCCUGGGGUCUGAACGGAGAGCUGGACGAGGUGUGUCUGAACCGGCUGGGCAUGCUCAAACCGCACACGCCCAUCUCCUUCGGCCUGAUCUCCCGCGGCGGACACAUGUCGCUCAUGCUGCCCACCUUCAAAGACUCGCUGCUCCGGCAGCUGGCCAAGGGAUGCGCCGAGGGACGCAAGCUCUCCGUCUCCGAGAUCGUGGGCAAAGGCACGUACGGCGUCUCCAGAGCCGUGACCACGCAGCACCUGCUGUCCGUCAUCUCGCUGGCCAACACGCUGAUGGGCAUGACCAACGCCACCUUCAUCGGGGAGCACAUGAAGAAAGCGCCGGCCAGGCCCCCAAGACCAGGAACCCCCGAGACCCAGAGAAAGAGCGGCCCGCAGGCCUCCAGCCCGGCCCUGCAAGCACAGAUCAAACAAGCUGCGGUCGCUGCUCCGUCUUCUGGUUCAGGAGUGUCUCACUCUCCCUCAGUCAAUGAAGGUUGGAGUCAGCUGGCCGCCAUGCACUGUGUGAUGCUUCCUGAUCUUCUGGGUUUGGAUAAGUUCAGGCCUCCUCUGCUGGAGAUGUUGGCACGCAGAUGGCAGGAUCGCUGCCUGGAGGUUCGAGAGGCGGCCCAGGCGCUGCUGUUGGCUGAGCUGCGGCGGAUCGGUCAGUCGGGCAGGAAGGACACCAUUGACAUGUGGGCUCCGUAUCUGCCGCAGUAUGUGGACGCUGUCAGCUCUCCCGGAACCGCCCCCGAAACGGCCCAGCCGGCUCCGCCCCCUGCAGAAGCUCCGCCCAUCGAGACCAAAGCUCCAGAGGAAGAGAUGGACGUGACGGAUGAUGACAUCACUGCAGGUUGUCUGUCCAACCUGCCGCCGAACGCUAAGAAGAUCUGUAACUCGUAUGAGGAGCGCAGGAAGCAAGCGACGGCCAUCGUUCUGCUGGGUGUGAUUGGAGCAGAGUUCGGAGCGGAGAUCGAACCUCCCAAACUACCGUCCCGCGCUCGGACCAGCACUCAGGCGCCCGACGGCUUCGGUCUGACCACCGGCGGAUCCAACUACUCACUGGCCCGUCACACCUGUAAAGCUCUGACGUUCCUCCUCCUCCAGCCGCCCAGUCCCAAGCUGCCGGCCCACAGCACCAUCCGCCGCACAGCCAUCGAUCUGAUCGGCCGCGGGUUCACGGUGUGGGAGCCGUAUAUGGACGUGUCGGCGGUUCUCAUGGGUCUGCUGGAGCUCUGCGCCGACGCCGAGAAACAGCUGUCCAAUGUAUUUCUCGCUCAUCUGUCCAGUUGUCUGUUGACCCGCAUCUCAAUGGGUCUUCCUCUGAGCCCCGCCGCUGAUUCGGCCCGAUCGGCCCGUCACGCCCUCUCACUGAUCGCCACCGCCAGACCGCCCGCCUUCAUCACCACCAUCGCACGAGAGGUUCACAGACACACAGCGAUGCAGUCCCAGGGCUCUCAGUCUCAACAGAACGUUCACACCACGACUCUCGCUCGCGCCAAAACAGAAAUCCUGCGCGUCAUCGAGAUUCUCAUCGAGAAAAUGCCGUCCGAUGUGGUGGACCUGCUGGUGGAGGUGAUGGACAUCAUCAUGUACUGUAUUGAAGGAUCUCUAGUGAAGAAGAAAGGCCUGUCCGAGUGUUUCCCAGCCAUCUGCAGGUUUUAUAUGGUGGCGUACUGCGAUCGCAGUUAUCGUAUCGCUGUCGGCGCCCGUCAGGGUUCAGUGGCCCUUUAUGACGUUCGCACUGGAAAAUGCCAGCAUAUUCACGGGCAUAAAGGACCCAUAACGGCAGUUUCCUUCGCACCUGACGGACGUUACCUGGCCACCUACUCCAACGCUGACAGCCACAUCUCCUUCUGGCAGAUGAACACGUCUCUGUUAGGCAGCAUCGGGAUGUUGAAUUCGGCUCCUCAGCUCCGCUGCAUUAAAACCUAUCAGGUUCCUCCGGUCCAGCCGGCGUCGCCCGGAUCUCAGAACGCCCUCAAACUGGCCCGGCUCAUCUGGACCUCCAACCGCAACGUCAUCCUCAUGGCCCACGACGGCAAAGAGCACCGCUUCAUGGUCUGAGGGGUCAGGGGUCGGCGUGACCUUGGACCUUUGACCUUCCCAGCUGAGCUGUUAACUGGUUUACACUCUCCACACCCGUCGGUGUUUGUUUCAUUCCUCUUUUUAUUUAAUGUGUUUGAAGUUUUGUUCUUGUUUUGACUAUUUAUGAAGACGAUAAAGGACUGCAGGUCACUAAAACGUGUUUUUGUGCUUGAAGGUCAAGCGAAGUUUUGUUCAAAUGAAGCUACUAUGAUUUUUAUUCUUGUUUGAUUUGCACAAAAUCUCACCGGUUGAUUCGCCGAAGUUAUUUUAUCAUUCCAGCUCUAUAAAAACAAAAACCCGUCGAUGACGACACUGAGAAAUGACCUUAUUUAUAAUCACAGAAUCCUCAUUCGUACUGAAUGACUCCAAUCAUAUCGUGAUAUCGUGUAUCAUAGGAAUUAUUUUCAGGAAUGAUUUUUCUUUGAGCUCGUGGUGUAGUCGUGAACUCUUUCGGUUUGCUGUUGUCUGUGUUUUUGUGAGUUGUUGGUUCGUGUGACGUCACUGGCACUGAAAUACACGUUUAAAAUCCGUCGCAUUCGCUUUUCUCGCACGCCGUUUGCUGUAAUCGACUGAUAGAGGUGUAUAUUAGACAUUUAAAUCUGCGUCUGCGGCUUCACAACAGCAUUCGAGGUUUGAGAAGUCACUUUUAGCUGAAUAUAUGCAGGUUUCAUUCCCAAAAUCAACAACAAAAAAAAGAAAUUAUAUUUCUGUAAAAAACAAUAGUAGGAUUAUUAAAGUUUUUGGCAUUGUGAAAUAUUUGUAAUGACAAUUAAACACAUUUCCAGAAUCAGAUUCUUGUUUCUGUAAUAUAAGUCUCAUACUGUAAUGAACAUUUUGAUAAUAAAAUUAUUAUAUAUAAUAAUAAAAUGUGUGUAUAUAUAUAUAUAUAUAUAUAUAUAUAUAUAUAUAAUUCAGUAAUAAAUGUGUUUAAAAAUUGUCAUUAAAAAUAUUUCACAAUGCAAAAAAUGUUCAUAAUAAUAAAAAAAAUAUAUAAAUUAUAAGCAUUCAGUAAUCGAACCAGCUAACUUAAAUAUAAUUUAAUUUUUUUUUGUGAAAAUUAAAAAAAAUAAAACACAAUAUGUAUGUAAUCACAAUACCAAAACAUAAAGAUUAAUUACAUUUAUGUGAAUAUGCAGUAAUUUAAUUUUAAUGAUUUUAAAAGCAGCCUAAAUUGUCCUUAUGCAAAAUAUAAUUUCUUAUAUUUAUACUGAGAUUUUGGGGUGAUACUGUUACCUUAAUAUAUUCAUUCCAGAAUUAAAUUAAAUUAAAUUUAAAUAUAAAUAUAAGAAAAUAAGUACAUAAUAUUAGAAAAAAACAAAAAACUAAAAUAAGAUUUCAAAUAAUUUAUUAAAUUUAGAUUUUUUUUCUUGAAAUAAUUAAUAAAACUACAAAAACAAUGAUUAAAUAAACAUAAUUAAAUCGUAAUGCUCCAAAAAUAGUCUAUUUUCCUUACGCAGAAUCUAAUUUCUUCUAUUUGUCUUGUGAUUUUGGGAUGAGUAUAAUGUGUCUGUCUGUGAGGUGAAGCAUGUUCACACUUUUCACAUCUCUGAGAAAAUAAAAACACAUUUUUCCCCUCUAUGCUUCUGUCAGAGAAACAAUAGUGUAUUGCGUCACGUUCAUGAGAUCUGAGACUGAAAUUGGAGUGUUUAGAGACGUUUAAAGUCAUAAUAAGAUCUGUAUGAUGUCCGGUGUGUGUGUGUGUGUGUGUGUGUGUGUGUGUGUGUGUGUGAGGUUGUUUUUCCCAGGAUGUGUGUUUAGACUAAUGGAAAAGUCCUUGAACGUCCCGUGAACUGACGCAAAACUUGAAUCAUAGGAUGAUUGAUUUUUUCCCUGCAUAUAUUAGUUAUUUGCUCUCUCUUUCUCUCUCGCGGCUGUACGAUGUUCAGGCGACUUUGGUGCGACUCGUCGUGUAAAUGGAAGUAAAUACAAACGCUUUAUCUGUAGAUUAGAUGUGAAACGCUCAAGACUCGUGAGUGUGUGUGUGUGUGUGUGUGUGUGUGUGUGAGUGUGUGUGAGUGUGUGUGAGAGAGAAUUAAUGGUACAACGUUCACUAUAUCGGGCUGUGCUUUAAUGCUGUUACUGGAACAACAAAUCUGGAUAAUAAAUCUUGUGUGUAAUUGUGUUAAUAAAGAUAAAUGUGAGAUUCAA